AUGCCCGACGGCCUCUGCAGCUACUUCAGACUCCCGCCGAUCGAUCGGAGGCAUUUAGAGGCCCGCCUGGUCGCGUUGCCCAUGGGCUUCUCGUGGGCGCUCCGCCUGUGUCAGCUGGCGCUGCAGACGGCCGCGGUCCGCGCCGGCGCGCCGGGGCGCCUCGUCAUCGAGGGCGGGCUCACCAGGGUAGUCCUGGAGCCCAGCAGCCCGCCAGCUGCGGCAGGCUACAUGGACGACUACCUGGCCGAGGGCACCGACGAGGCUCCCGCCGACCAGGCCCUGGACCGCGCCACCGCUGCGCGGGGCGCUGGGCUGCGCGCGCACCCGCCUAAGCGGGCCGCGGAGACUUGCAGCUUCCCGGGCGUGGAGCUGCGGCGCGGGCGCUGGCUGGCCAUCGCAGGGCGUUCCGCGCGGCGGCUGGGGCGCGCCCUCGAGGAGCUCCUCUGGCGCGGCCGCGCUUCAGGCCAUCUGGCGCGCGCGGUCGUCGGCCACCUGACCUGGGCCUCGAUGGUCAGAUGCGAGGCGCAGGGGCUGCUCGACGCGGCCUGCGCCUUCAUGGUCGCCGCGGGCGUGGGGGCGCAGGCGCUGUGGCCCGCGGUCCGCGCGGAGCCGUGGAGGUCUCGCUGCCUGCUGCCGCUCCUGAUCGUGGACCUGGCAGCGCCGUGGGCCUCGCAGCUGGCGGCCAGUGACGCCGGCGAGGAAGGCCUGGGGGCGCGCCGCCGGAAGGCGCCCCUCGGCCUCAUUGCCCAGUGCGGGAGGCAGUGCGAGCGGCGGCUGUGCCGA